AUGGAGGGAGCACUAGGCCUGUCCUGGGUGGCCCUGGUGCUCUUGGUGGUGGCCGGUCCUGUCGAUCGCGUGCGAGUGAGCGGCCAAGCCACCGAGCGUCGCGUGCUGGCCUACCUCCCCGGCGACGUCAUCAUCGGCGCCCUCUUCUCCGUCCACCACCAGCCGCCGGCCGACAAGGUGCACGAGCGCAAGUGCGGCGCGGUGCGCGAGCAGUACGGCAUCCAGCGCGUGGAGGCCAUGAUGCACACGCUCGACCGCAUCAACGCCAACCCGCACAUCCUGCCCGACGUCACGCUGGGCUGCGAGAUCCGCGACUCCUGCUGGCACUCGGCCGUGGCGCUGGAGCAGAGCAUCGAGUUCAUCCGCGACACGCUGGUCUCCGCCGAGGAGGAGGAGAGCAACGCCCGCUGCCUCGGCGACGAGGGCUUCACGCCCAUCAGCGGCAAGAAGCCCAUCGUGGGCCUGAUCGGGCCCGGCUCCAGCUCGGUGGCCAUCCAGGUCCAGAACCUCCUGCAGCUGUUCAACAUCCCGCAGAUCGCCUACAGCGCCACCAGCAUGGACCUGAGCGACAAGAGCCUCUUCAAGUACUUCAUGCGGGUCGUGCCCUCGGACGCACAGCAGGCCCAGGCCAUGGUGGACAUCGUCAAGCGCUACAACUGGACCUACGUCUCCGCCAUUCACACUGAAGGCAACUAUGGUGAGAGUGGGAUGGAGGCCUUCAAAGACAUGGCCGCCAAAGAAGGCAUAUGCAUCGCCCACUCAGACAAGAUCUACAGCAAUGCAGGCGAGCAGAGCUUCGACCGGCUCCUGGAGAAGCUACGUAGCCACCUGCCCAAGGCCCGUGUCGUCGCCUGCUUCUGCGAGGGCAUGACCGUGCGUGGCAUCCUCAUGGCCAUGAGACGGCGCCACCUGGUGGGCGAGUUCCUGUUGGUGGGCAGUGACGGGUGGGCAGAUCGUCAUGACGUGACAGACGGAUAUCACCAGGAGGCUGCUGGUGGGAUCACCAUCAAGCUCCAGUCGGCCUACGUCACCUGGUUCGACGACUACUACCUGAACCUGCGCCCCGACGUCAACCUAAGAAACCCCUGGUUCCCUGAGUUCUGGCAGCACCGGUUCCAGUGCAGGCUGAAGGGUCACCCACAGGAGAACCCCAAAUACAACCGCACCUGCAAUGAGAAAGAGUCCCUGCGCCAUCAGUACACCCAGGACACUAAGAUGGGCUUUGUGAUCAACGCCAUCUACUCCAUGGCCUACGGCCUGCACGCCAUGCAGAGGACGCUGUGUCCCGGAGUCACCGGCCUCUGCAGCGCCAUGAGGCCCAUCGACGGCCGGAAGCUUCUGGAAUUCCUCAUGAAGACCAACUUCACGGGGGUGUCCGGCGAGGUCGUGCUGUUUGAUGAGAACGGAGACUCCCCAGGACGGUAUGAGAUCAUGAACUUCAAGCAGAUGAGUGACGACGAGUACGACUACAUCCACGUGGGCAGCUGGGAUAAGUGGGGCCUGCGCAUGGACGACGAGGAGAUCUGGGUGAACCAGAGCUCCAUCAUCAGAUCCGUCUGCAGCGAACCCUGUGAGAAGGCCCAGAUUAAGGUGAUCCGCAAAGGUGAGGUGAGCUGCUGCUGGACGUGCACACCGUGUAAGGAGAACGAGUACGUGUUCGACGAGUACACCUGCCGUGCCUGUGAACUCGGGGACUGGCCGACCGACGACCUGAAAGGCUGUGAGCCCAUCCCUGUGCACUACCUGCGCUGGGGCGAGCCUGAGCCCAUCGCGGCCGUGGUCUUCUCCUGCCUGGGCCUGCUGGCCACCACCUUUGUGACGGUGGUCUUCAUCUGGUUCCACGACACGCCGGUGGUCAAGUCGUCCAGCCGCGAGCUGUGCUUCAUCAUCCUGGCGGGCAUCUGCAUGGGCUACCUGUGCACCUUCUGCCUGAUCGCCAAGCCCCACGUGGCCUACUGCUACCUGCAGCGGCUGGGCAUCGGCCUGUCGCCCGCCAUGAGCUACUCGGCGCUGGUCACCAAGACCAACCGCAUCGCGCGCAUCCUGGCCGGCAGCAAGAAGAAGAUCUGCACCAAGAAGCCUCGCUUCAUGAGCGCCUGCGCCCAGCUGCUCAUCGCCUCCGUGCUCAUCCUCCUCCAGCUGGCCAUCAUCGUGGCGCUCUUCGUCGUGGAGCCGCCGCGGGUCAUCCACGACUACCCCAGCAUCAGCGAGGUGCACCUGGUCUGCAGCACCUCCACCGCCACCGUGGUGGCGCCGCUGGGCUACAACGGCCUGCUCAUCCUCAGCUGCACCUUCUACGCCUUCAAGACGCGCAACGUCCCCGCCAACUUCAACGAGGCCAAGUACAUCGCCUUCACCAUGUACACCACCUGCAUCAUCUGGCUGGCCUUCGUGCCCAUCUACUUCGGCUCCAACUACAAGAUCAUCACCAUGUGCUUCUCAGUGUCGCUGAGCGCCACGGUGGCGCUGGGCUGCAUGUUCGCGCCCAAGGUCUACAUCAUGCUGGCCAAGCCCGAGAGGAACGUGCGCAGCGCCUUCACCACCUCCACCGUGGUGCGCAUGCACGUCAAGGACGGCAAGAGCGCGCCGGCCGCACGCGGCUCCAGCAGCAUGGCCAACCUGUUCCGCCGACGCAGGUCCGACAACGAAGUCAGCUCUAAUGGGAAGUCGGUGACGUGGGCGGCGAAUGAGCGCGGCUACAGACCCAACCUGUGGAAGCGCAUCUCCAUCCACAUCAAGAAGAAGGAGGAGACCAACCAGACGGCCAUCAUCAAGCCCUUCUCCAAGGACUGCGACGGCUCGGGCGACGGCAGCGUCAAGGUGUCCGGUAAGGGCCAGCAGGCGGUGCAGUGCCACCCGGUGGGCACCUACCGCGCGCGCUCCCCGUCCCCCCUGCCCACCGUCUCCCAGCGCACCUCGCUGCGCACGCGCCAGGAGGAGGAGGAGGCCGCCGCCACCGAGGAGGAAGAGCGACGCGACCGCGUGGUGCCACUGCCCUCGUACCUGAGCGAGCGCCAGCACGAGCAGCAGCAGCAGCAGCACCCCGGCUCCAUCAUGGACCAGAUCAGCUGCGUGGUGCACCGCUUCACGGCCAACAUCAGCGAGCUCAACAGCAUGAUGCUGCCCGGCACCUCCGCUCCAGCAGGGGGCGCCACCUCCGUCGCCACCGCCGGCACCGUGGCGUCCGCCGGGGUCCUGCUGCCCUCCUCGCCCUCGCCCUCCUUCCUCAUCCAGCACGACAUGCAGCUGCCCGCCACCGUCACCACCUACGCCGAGGUGGUGGCCGUCAGCAACGUCAACCCGCACGCGCUCGGCGGCAGUCUGGCGGCGGCGGCAGCGGCGGCGGCCAAUCGCAUGUCGCCCAACCGGAUGAUGAGCAACAGCACCUUCAAGUCGCCCGCCUCCAGCUCCGUCUCGGCCAUCGCGGCGGUCAGGCCGCCCGAGCUGGAGGAGCUGGUGGCACUGCAGCCGCCGUCGCCCUUCAGGGAUUCGUCCCUGGGCUCGGCUAGCGAGUCCUCCACCUCCCUGGCCUCGCAGGCCGGCGUGGGGGAGCAGCAGCAGCAGCAGCAGCAGCAGCAGGCCUCCCCGCACUACGACAGGCUCAUGCUGCGACACUACAGCCAGAGCUCCUCCUCUCUCUAA